UUAAAUUAUUAAUUAAAUUAUUCUAUAAAUAAAUAUACUUUAUACAUUGAGAUAAGAUGUUUUGCUUAUCUUCUACAAAUUUGACAAACAGUUCAGUAUAUUUCUGCAGAUGGCAGAGUAAUCGUAUUAAUGCGAUCACCGCGUUCUUCACGUGCAUUUCUUAUUUACAUCUUUGUGCUCCUUUUCGUUUAUUUCGAUUCAACAAAUAUUGUCACAAUCACAAAAUCUGUUCUAACUUCAACAUUAACUGUAGUGAUAAAUAAUAAAGUGACACUUUCGAAACAAAAUAUUCAUCACACUGUGAUAACAUUGCUUCUUCACUUAUCCCUAGACAUAAGCAGCUAGUGACUUUAUUUUCUGAGAAAUUGGCAACAUUUUCUAACAAACAAUGGAAAUUUGCAUAGAUUCUUUAGAAUCAGCGAAAAAUGCAAUCGAGGGUGGUGCAACGAGGCUCGAAAUUUGUUCUGCCCUUUCCGAAGGUGGCUUAACACCCACUCCUAGCUUUUUACAAAAAAUUAAGAGUUUUUCAUCUAUUCCAAUUUAUGCUAUGCUUCGAAUACGUUCCGGAAAUUUCGUAUACACGAAAGAAGAAAUGGAAGUCAUGUUACAGGAUUUAAAAAUAUUAAAAGAUUAUGGCGCUAAUGGUUUUGUCUUUGGCGCAUUAACGCCAGAUAAUGAAAUCGACGUGGAAUCUUGCAAGGAUAUUCUUUCAGUUGCUCAAUCAUUACCAGUAACCUUCCAUCGGGCCUUCGACGAAGUCAACGACCCCUUAAAAUCUUUGAAAAUAUUAAUAGAUUUAAAAUUCGAAAGAAUCCUAACUUCUGGACAAAAAGAUACCGCAGAAGAAGGAUUAGAAUUGAUAAAAAAACUCGUUCAAGAGGCUCAAAAUAAAAUAAUCGUAAUGCCAGGUUCUGGUAUUACUAAAAAAAAUAUCUUGAAAAUAAAGAUGAUAUCUGGGGCGAAAGAAUUUCAUGCAUCAGCUAAGAAAAAGGUGGUAAUUCCGUAUGGUAUAAAUAGAGUUAAAAUUGGUACUAAUAAAGAAACUUACAUCACAAUGACUGACAAAGAAUUAGUGCGAGAAAUGGUUCAAAUUUUAUUGAACACUAUGUAGUGUUCACGGUGAUAAAUUACGCAUUUUUAAAUCGAAGAAUAUUUUGCUUGAAGUCACGAACCUGUUUCUUUUAUAUAACUGGUUUUUCGAUAAAAAAUUAAUAG